AUGAACUCUAUUCAUCAAGCUGACCAAGGUCCAGCAGAUAGUGAAGGCCCUGCAUGGGCUCCAUUGCGUGAUAAUUUUAUGUUAACGAAUUCUAAGCUAAAGGACUGGGAUAAGAUGCCGAUAGUUCAUCCGAUGAUGAUUAAUAUCAUGGAACACCACCAAGAGUUCCAGGAGCUCAAGUUAACCACAAGGGUUUGUCGGUCUACAAAAUCGAAGCUCAGGGGACUAGUCGGUGUUGGAGAGGUAGGGAUCCAGACAGGUGUCGUUGAGGCUGGAGCCCAAGGCGUUAUUGGCGAGGCUGGGGCCACUGUGAGCAUCGAGGGUGAAGAGGAUACCAACGCCGAGGGUGAGGUGCCAGGGGCACUAUUAGGUGAGGCGCCAUGGUCGUCGUUGGCUGGUGGGCGUGUUGAUCGCAGAAAAGGCGUCACUGUGCGCUAG